AUGGAGCCCGGCCCCGACGCCGAGGAGGCGAGCUCGCUGGGCCGCUACGAAGCGGCGCUGGCGGGCGCGGUGCGCGCCUUGCAGGAGGACAUGCAGGGGCUGCAGCGCGGCGUGGAGCGGCGCGUGGCCGAGGCGCUGCGCCUCGCGGGCCCGCUGGCGCGCACCGUGGCCGAGCUGCAGCGCGACAACCAGCGGCUGCAGACGCAGCUCGACCGCCUCUCGCGCCAGGUGGAGGCGCUGGGCCUGGCGGCCGGGCUGUCCCCCGCGGCCGGCUCCCCGCAAACGCCCAGCCCCCCGCCUGCGCCCCGCGCCCCCGACCACGCGCCCCGCCUGGGCACCGCGCGCUUCGCCAGCCACGCCACCUUCUCGCUGUCGGGCCGCGGCCAGAGUGUGGAUCAUCAGGAUGACACCAGCGAGUUGGAGAUUAGAAGGAAUUCCAGCUCGAGCAUCGUUGAGAACGGGCACCAGCCAGGGCCAGGUUCUCAUGAAACCUUUGAUGAAACCCUUGAUGCCACCCAAGCGUUCCCAGCACCAGAUACUCCCAAGCCUCGUCCUAUCAGCCUCUCCUUGCGGCUGCCUCACCAGCCUGUCACGGCCAUCACACGAGUCUCUGAGAGGUUCUCUGGGGAAACCUCAGGCACAGCAUUAUCACCCACCUCUCCAGCCAUCCUGGGCGCCCUCAGCCUGAGCCCCAGUGAGACUAGCACACCCUGGACUCCUAGUCCUAGCGAGAAGAAUGCCUCUCUCCCACGGUCUUCAGUGAGCUCAGGCUAUGGGACAGCGAGGGCAGGUGGGGGCCCUGACAGCCCACCUCUGGUGACACCACCCCAGUCUCCCCCAUCCACGAUCACCGCGCAGGCCCACCGCCAGGGGGAGCGCCGCCGGGAGCUGGUGAGGUCUCAGACACUGCCCCGAACCUCUGGGGCGCAGGCUCGGAAAGCCCUGUUCGAGAAGUGGGAGCAGGACACAGCUGGCAAGGGCCGAGGUGAGACCCGGGCUAAACUGAAGCGCUCACAGAGCUUUGGUGUGGCCAGUGCCAGUAGCAUCAAACAGAUCCUGCUUGAGUGGUGCCGCAGCAAGACCAUUGGCUACCAGCACGUGGAUCUGCAGAACUUCUCCUCCAGCUGGAGCGAUGGGAUGGCCUUCUGUGCCCUGGUGCACUCCUUCUUCCCACACGCUUUCGACUACAAUGCUCUGAGCCCCACACAGCGACAGAAGAACUUCGAGCUGGCCUUCACCAUGGCCGAGAAUCUGGCCAACUGCGAGCGCCUCAUUGAAGUGGAGGACAUGAUGGUGAUGGGCCGCAAGCCUGACCCCAUGUGUGUCUUCACCUACGUUCAGUCUCUGUACAACCACUUGCGUCGCUUUGAGUAAAGCCCCUUGGGCCACCGAGCAUCAAACAGCAACCUCAGGAGGUGACCGUGGGGGUCGCAGGAGACCUCCCAAAAGAGUUGCAUUUUGAAGGGAGAGCGCUGUUUGUUUUGCGGUAUAUGAUGCUCUCACCCUAGCAGGGUUACUAAUGAAAAGUAGCGCCACGCUGAGCGCUGACAGCCUUGAUCACGGACAGACAAGGGCUCUGAGAGGGGAAAACUACCAGAGAGGAAGAAAUUGGUGCUAAGAAAUUCUCUUCUUUAAAAAACAACAACAAAAACCAAAAAACGCUUUUCUGUAGAUUUCAGAAUGCUAAAUAACAAUGCUCUUUGUGGUGAAUUUGGUUACAUUGGCUUUACAGGGAGACAUUGAUUACCAAGUGUUUUUUAUCAAAAUACCCAGAGUUUUUUUCUUCCUCACACUAUUGUAGGCUCCUUUCCUCCCUCCCUCUGGGCCACUGCCAGGAAACAGAGACCGCUUAAUCAGCAGCUUACAAAGGAGCCCCAAAUCUUGGGAAGAAACAGUUUAAUCACUCCCAGGUCCUGGGCCACGGAUGACCUUCAAGUCACCUCUGCUCUCUGGGGAGAGGGAAGGCUCUUGCCUUGGUCCCAAAGUGCUUCUGUCUUUCCUGGGAGGCCCCACAAGUGUUUGGCUAAGAAUAGGCUCAUGGGAAGUUAACACUAUUGGGGUUGACAGGCCUUUCAUGCAGAGAGCUAGUUUUUAUUCACUCCCCCUGCCCUGGGGAUUUGCUGUAGAUAUUUAUAUUAAAAAAAAAAAGGAAUUUCAUCUGUAUUGCUGACCAUUUGUACAUAAAAGUGUGUCAAACUUU